AACCCCGGACCCCGCAUUCACUAUAUCCGCUCUCCCCGGACCCUGCAUUCACUAUAUCCGCUCUCCCUGGACCCUGCAUUCACAUUCACUAUAUCCGCUCUCUCCCCCCGGACCCUGCAUUCACUAUAUCCGCUCUCCCCGGACCCUGCAUUCACUAUAUCUGGUCUCCCUGGACCCUGCAUUCACUAUAUCCGCUCUCCCUGGACCCUGCAUUCACUAUAUCUGGUCUCCCCGGACCCUGCAUUCACUAUAUCUGGUCUCCCCGGACCCUGCAUUCACUAUAUCCGCUCUCCCGGACCCUGCAUUCACUAUAUCCGCUCUCCCCGGACCCUGGACCCCGCAUUCACUAUAUCUGGUCUCCCCGGACCCUGCAUUUACUAUAUCUGGUCUCCCACAGUAAACAGAACUGAACCCCGGACCCUGCAUUCACUAUAUCUGGUCUCCCACAGUACACAGAACAUGGAAAUGCAAUUAUUUUAGUAAAUAUAAACUGCUAAAUACCUUCUCUCAUCAGCAAU